UAUAUUACUAAGUUGCACGUUUUUUACACGGGAGGCAAACAAAUGAAAUGAAACCGUUGUGAACUGUAAGCUUAGCAAACCCCCAAAAAAGGAAAAAACAAACAAUUUUCAUUCUAACUUCUAAGCUUUGUUAAUGAAGAAAGAAGAAAAAGCCAACUCCAAAAUAGUAGAUGCAUUAUCUUCACAAAUUCCAACACAAAUUCGAUCAACCUUCACAAUCUUUUUCCUUCACCCUUUUCUCUGUCUCUUGUGUUAGAGAGAGAAAUUGAAGUUUCAUCUUCUAGAGAGAUAAAGUAGGGUUUUUGAGUUCUUGAAUCUAUUGCAGAAUUUCGAAUUCAAUUGCUUGAUUGCUACAUUUCAAUGGCGGCUUCUACGAUUUCCAGGCGAUUUCAUCAAUUCGGUAUCAAUCCAUUGCUCAACUCGACCAAAUUCAUGGAAUUGUAUGCUCUAAACGCUGCAAUUCAUGCUAAUAACGCUGCUGAUAACCGAUUAUACUCGUCGUUUUCUCCUCGUCAUGGAAGUAGGUAUAUCGAUACUAAAUCUAUUUCUCAGCUCGUCAGUUCUCAUGGUAGACGCUUGUUUCUCGUCGAUACUUUAGCACUUGUAAGGAAAUUAGAAGCUCAAGGUAUACCAUCGAAGCAAGCAGAAGUAAUUACCGCGGCAAUUACCGAGGUUUUGAAUGAUAGUCUGGAAAAUGUGGCUCAAUCUUUUAUGUCAAAGGGUGAAAUGCAGAGAUUUGAGAUGAUGCAGGAGGCUAACUUAGCUAAGUUCAAAUCUGAAGUACAGAGCUCACAGGACCAUCAUUUUUCUCUGUUGCAACGGGAGGCAGAGAAACUCCAAGGUGACAUAGAGAAGAUGCGUAGUGAGUUAAGGUAUGAAAUCGACAAAGUUACUGCUGGGCAGCGAUUGGAUUUGAAUCUGGAAAAAGGGAGGAUACGCGAUGAGUUGGCAAAUCAAACUGCAGAAACGAAUAAUCUCACCAACAAACUUGAUAGGGAAAUUCAUUCAUUAAGGGCUCAAGUGGAGGCUGCAAAAUAUGAUGUUAUCAAAUACUGCAUAGGUACCCUUGUUUCAAUCUCGGCUGUUGGCCUCGCUGUGGUGCGCAUUUUAUUGUGAGGACUACUGGAGUCACCCCCUUCAAGGCUUCAACAGCAUAGCAUCGCUUUUAACAAGGUGACUUUAACUUGGUUAAUGCUGUAGUGUUGUUUCGCGCUGCUACGAUCUUGAAUGCAUUGAAGGAAAGAUUUUCGCACGAAAUUUAGAUAAUAGAUCAAUAGCAACAGUUGUGGAUGUUUUUUUUUUCACUCCUGUUGGGCUGAUGAUAUGGCAGAAGAAAUAAACUGAAUAUAGAAGUACUGUCUCGAGUCCAAUCUUUUAGUUGUAACCUUUGUAACAAAUUAUGUAUGUCAACUUGUCGAUACAGUUUUUCUAUCCUGUCUUAUAUCUGGUUAGCAAAUUUAUCAUUUGUUAGUUAAUUUUUGCGUUGAAAACUAGAUAUUGUGUAACUUAUGGCUUUAAAACCUUUAGCUUCCCACUCUUUUUAUAUACUUUCUUGGUUUUUUUUUUA